AUGGUUGUCCGAGACCAUAAUUUCGUUGACCAACCAUCCUCAAACACAUUGGCCGGUAGCUUCCGCAGCUCUCGAGAAACAGUCAUCUCCGUUCUACCCAAGCUGAUCUGUAAGCGCCGUAAUAAUGUGUUUUUAAUUGGAGUUCAUGGUGUGGGAUCGGACAUCAACCCUACAGAUCGCUUCUGGGGAGGACUUUGCGGUUGGGUAACGCAGCGCAAUGUCAUCACCGCAUAUAAGAGGAUCGCUGAAGAGUAUGAGCCUGGUGACAAAAUCAUCCUGACUGGAUGCUCCCGAGGUGCCUGGGCUGCUCGCUACCUUGCACUCAUUAUCAACGUUGUUGGUUUGCCUAAGCAAGGCGGUGAUAAUGAGCUCUUCCAUCUCUUGUAUAAGGAAUGCGAUAAGAAUUCCAAUUUCGAUUUACGCAUAACCAAGAAGCUACUCAUGUACGAAUGCUACACCAACGUAACAAUUGAGGCACUAUGUUGCUUUGACACGGUCGGCUCCCUUGGUCUCCCACUCUUUGGCAUAGCCAAGCCAUUGGCUUUGGUCCGUCGAGGACAAAAGAAAGAGGAUAUGGUCUCUACCGUUGCGAGGAACGCCAAGCACGCAUUCCACUGCAUUGCCCUCCACGAAACAAGAGAGCCUUUCUUUCCAACAUACAUGAGUGGGGAAAACGUUCAUCAGGUCUUCUUCGUUGGCAACCACGGCCACGUGGGUUGGAUAAGUAGCCAGGAAAGCUUUGUGCAUGCUGCUCUCACCUGGAUGAUUCAACAACUUCACUUGCAUACUGGUAUCGACUUCGAUGACGAUAUACUUAAAAGGUACUUCCAGAGCUAUCGAUGUAACGAGGUUCAGGACCCAACUCCAGGUCACCCUUGGAUAUCUGACCGCAUCGUACCAAGAAGUGCCGGCGGUUAUUUUCCAUCAGAUUCCUAA